AACACCCCGCAAGUCACGUGACAACCAUCAGCUUAAUCUAGACACCAACAUGGAAUCUAUUGUUAGAAAACCACUCUUGCUUGUAAAUUUUACUUUUGUUAACUUGUUAGAAUAUUGCGAUGUUAUAAAUGCAGCACAUGCAUGUGAAAAUGAUUACAGACACGUCAUUAUCAAAGGACAAACAUUGUUCAAAGAACAUUUUGUGACAGAUAUUAGAUUUAAGUCUGAUGAAGAAACACGUUGUCACUACGUUCAGGCUCGAGUCAAAGCCGAGAUGAAGAAACGUUCUGCGUACAAUGUUACUGGAGUGAUUAGCUACAAUGGAAAGGUCAUUGAAGGAGAGUGUCAGUGUGCAGGGGGUUGCAAGCCCGCCUGUUGUAAACAUCUUUUUGGUCUUCUGUCUGCUCUAGAAGACUAUAGCAGAAAAGAAAUGUAUGCAGCACCAACAGACAAAAUUCAGACAUGGCAUCAACCUGCACCUAAACCAAUUUCGCCCCAGAAAACGAAGGAUAGUUUUAGCUGUGAUAAGACUGGUCUAACAAAUUUUGAUACCAGUGUUUCAAUGUCUGCUUUGGCUGCCUUACCUCAGAACACUCCUAUAUUUUCAGUUGUGCAAGCCGAUCCUGAAAAAUUAACCUCUGACAUUAUCUUCUACGAAAGAACUAUACCGUUUGUAGGUUAGGCCUAAUGAUUAUGUGACACAUAGCUUACAUACUUACAUAGUUCUAGAAAAAUAUGAUGGGGCAAAGGCAAAAUAUUAACUGUACUUCAUCAAAGGCAUGCUCAUGUUUAAUAAUAAUAUGAAGGUGUACUUUGGUAGGUUCAUGGGAUUUUCUGACAAAAACAUCCCUUAUAUUUAGCUAUUUAGAACUGAAAUGGAGAAAAUUUAAACAAAAAAAAAGUUAUCUCUACC